GGUGGCAGUCAAUGAGGAUGUGGUGAUUACUCCACAGCUGCUCACAACUGAACCGAGGUCGCCCACCAGCGGUUGGACGUGAACAUCGUGUUUCACUUCGGACCCAGACGACGAGACGGGACGGAGACUCGGACCCUUUCCCCCCCUGCAGAGCGAGGGAUCUCCUGUGGAAACAGACGCGGGGGACUUCGCUAAUAGUUCGACUAAUGAAGAGUUCAACGAAUUAAGAGCGCGGGAACAGUGGGAGUCUCGAGGACCUGACUACAAAGGACAACAAUACACAAACCGCAGAGCUCCAGACUCAGUGGAGCCAGCAACUUGUGAGACGUCCCAGAGCCGCAGCACGACCCCCAUCGGACCUGUCUUCAAGUUGAAAUCUGUUACUCGACAUUGCUCACCCAGCAGUGAACUGAUGAAUCACUGCUGAUCCAGUCUAAAAGAGGGCUAGUCACAGCAAGGCCUCUGACUGGGCAGGCUGUGUGGAAACAACGACUGAAUCUGGUGAACGUGGCUGAUGGAGUAAAACUCUGACUGUACAUUGGUUUGAGAAGUCAGCCCGGAGAGGAGCUGGGAGUUGAUGAGAACUGGUCAGUACCUUAUUACUGAACCUGUGGACUUGCACCAGUGAGACCUGCUGCAACGUGUCACUUUGACAGAGGUCCCGAUCUCCGCUCCUGCAGCCUGCACCCCCUCCCUCCAUCAGUGGUGGUGACCCAGCUCCGGACAGCUUGCUGCAGGGCCCUUCCUGAGCAGCAGCAGCUGCGUCCUGCUUGCUGACUCCCCUCCCUCCCCUGCUUCCUGUCCUUGGUCAGACAAGGCUAAAGCCUCCUCUCCCCUACCCCACCCAUCAUCUCUGUACCCUCUCACACACACUCAAGCGGUUUAUUUUGUUGACUACACUCUCACACACCGGUUUAGGCUACUAACACUAUUCGGAGAUCAGCAGCAGGGGACUCAUAGACCCCUCGGUCCCUUUUUGAAGUGACCAUCCUACAGAGUUUCUGCCUGUUACCCACACUACAGCCAUGACCUCCAUGUCCAGUCUUUUCUCCUUCACAAGCCCAGCAGUCAAACGGCUGCUUGGCUGGAAGCAGGGAGACGAGGAGGAGAAAUGGGCAGAAAAGGCUGUGGAUGCGCUCGUGAAGAAGCUGAAGAAAAAGAAAGGUGCCAUGGAGGACCUGGAAAAAGCCCUGAGCUGCCCGGGACAGGCCAGCAAGUGUGUUACCAUUCCAAGAUCAUUGGACGGACGGCUACAGGUUUCCCACAGGAAAGGUCUGCCUCACGUCAUCUACUGCCGAGUGUGGCGCUGGCCCGACCUCCAGUCCCACCAUGAGCUCAAACCCCUGGAGGUGUGCGAGUACCCGUUUGGCUCCAAACAGAAGGAGGUCUGCAUCAACCCAUAUCACUACAAGCGGGUGGAGAGCCCUGUGCUUCCUCCUGUCCUGGUACCACGGCACAGCGAGUUCAACCCACAGCAUAGCUUGCUGGUACAGUUCCGGAACCUAACCCACAAUGAGCCACACAUGCCCCUGAAUGCCACCUUUCCAGAGUCCUUCCAGCAGCCUCACAGUGGGGGCGGCAGCAGCGGUGGAGGAGGUGGAGGAGGCUCUUUCCCCAUCUCUCCCAACUCGCCCUAUCCUCCUUCUCCAGCCAGCAGUGGUACUUAUCCAAAUUCUCCUGCCAGCUCGGGGCCCUCCAGUCCAUUCCAGCUCCCAGCUGACACCCCACCCCCAGCCUACAUGCCCCCCGAUGAGCAGCUGGGCCAGGAGAACCAGUCCAUGGAAACAAGCAGCAGUGUGGUGCCGCAGAACAUGCCCAGAGGAGAUGUGCAACCAGUUGAGUACGAGGAGCCGAGCCACUGGUGCUCUAUUGUCUACUAUGAGCUCAACAAUCGUGUAGGUGAGGCUUAUCAUGCCUCCUCAACCAGCGUUCUUGUGGAUGGCUUCACUGACCCUUCAAACAACAAGAACCGCUUCUGCCUCGGACUUCUAUCCAACGUCAACCGCAACUCCACAAUCGAAAACACCCGUCGACACAUUGGCAAAGGUGUGCACCUGUACUAUGUGGGAGGAGAGGUUUAUGCAGAGUGCCUCAGUGACACCAGCAUUUUUGUCCAGAGCCGCAACUGUAAUUAUCACCACGGCUUCCACCCCACCACAGUCUGCAAGAUCCCCAGUGGCUGUAGCCUCAAGAUUUUCAACAAUCAGGAGUUUGCUCAGCUUCUGGCCCAGUCGGUCAACCACGGCUUUGAGGCCGUCUACGAGCUUACCAAGAUGUGCACCAUUAGGAUGAGCUUUGUCAAGGGCUGGGGAGCAGAGUACCACCGACAGGACGUCACCAGCACCCCCUGCUGGAUCGAAGUGCACCUGCAUGGGCCUCUCCAGUGGCUGGACAAGGUCCUAACACAAAUGGGUUCGCCUCUCAACCCCAUCUCCUCUGUGUCCUAAUGAUGGACUUGUGGAGCUUGGGAGCCCCUUUUUUUACCCCCACCCCUCAGUGAUUUAUAAUUUAAGGUGGUCUUAACGGCUGAACUGUUUACACUUACUUUGGGAAGGGAUGAUGAAAUCUGGCUGAAAAUUCAACAGCAGCCACAAUCCAGUUGUUGAAACUGAGUAACAUUACAAGCCGAUACCUGGAGAAAGAGAGGAAUAAGGAAAUCCCAAGUAGCAGUAACGACAUGGACACACUACUGCUUGACAAUGUUACAACACCUGCAAGAAUUGAGGGCUCUGUUGUCAAGCUUGAAUCUGUCAAAUGUUAAUUUUUGCAUCAAGUUUUAUUGUUUUUCCUCAAAUGAUUUCUUCUCUGUACGUGUAGUUUUAAGUGAAGCAGAACUGUUUCACUAGUCUGCCUUAUGUCUGACUGAUGAAUUGGAUUUUUACCGAACUCCUUUCUUACAUUGUCGUCUCUGUGUCAGAUAUUUACGAUUUAUGAUGUAGACACAAUUAUGUUUACCAUUAGGCUCAGAUAUAACAAAUGCUUUCUUUUUUAUAGUCUCUACUGUUAGAAAUGAACACUGAGCUACUGCCUUUUAAGAGAGUUAUGUAUGCCAACCUGAUAGUUUUUAUUGUUGGGAGAUCAAUCACUGAACAAGUAUAACAUGCCAUAAGCUAACAACAGUGUGAAUGUUGCAUCUAUUGCAAUAUAAGUAGUCAAUGAUAUAAUCAGACCGUGGACGACAUCAUUAUUACUGAUUCUUGUUUGUACUCUCAAGUUCAAGUAAGAGUGACUGUAUUUUCCAUACUCACUGUAUUAACAAUAUUGUGCACUCGUGGAUUUUUUUUGGAGGCAUACUCAAUUUUGGCGUGGGUACCAAGGCAUUAUGUUGAUAGAUAAUUGACUUCAUUAGCUCUAUGAAAUAAACAGGUUAUUUGGUAACAAUGAUUGUUUAUUUUUCUGUCACUCUGUCCUCAGCAGAAACCUGAGCGUUUGAUUUAAAUGUGAUGAGUCAACAUGGAUAUGCACAGUAACAAUUACACUUGGCUUGUGUACAGAUCUAAGCUGUGAUUUACUGUGUUAAUGAAAGACUGGGGAUGGAUUUCCAACACAUCAGCAUUCACCACUGAACACUGGUCUACUUGUGAUUAUUCUUGUUUGAAUAGCUGCUAAAGAUUUAAUUGAACACAGAUAUAGCUCUAGAAUAAUCGAAUGUGUCCAUUGUAAACUCGUAAAAACAUCACACUAAACAAAUGAUGCUUUUUUUCAAUCUGAAAAUGUAAAGUACAUGUAGCUUACAGUAUAUUUCUGUUUGAUGCAUAGCUUUCAUGACAUUAAUAAAUCACAGUAAUGUUCCAUCAA